AUGACCCAGGCCGGUGUCAAAAAGGCCGCUGCCUCCAGGCGUGGCCCAGCUAGGUCUUCUAAGAAAGAUCCCUGGAACGAAGAGUUAUUGCUCACCAGUACCAAAUCGCGCAUUAUCGGAGUUGAUCUCGUGAAACUCCUAGCCAAUCCCAAGGCAUGGACCUGUCUUGAUGAGGAUGAGAAGAAAGAGAUUAUAGCUUUACUUCCAGAUGACAUGCAGCGGCAUGCUGUUACACCAAUUCCCAAAGACGGGCAGGACCCUGAAAACUAUGUCAUCCCUCCCCUUCCUGAAUCCUUUGUCCGCUAUUCCAAUAGCUGGCGUGAUGCUGUUCGCCAAUUCCAGAUUGACUUGCAGACGGGCAGAUAUGAUCCCGAAUGGCAGCAGCAGGCAGCUGAGGCAAUGGAGGAGAGAGCCCAGGGCAUGUUCGAUAAGUUCAAGGAGGAGCAGUUUGAAGAGUUUUGGGGACAGAAGCAGAAACUGGAUUACACCGUUAUUGCCGGAGCGAGUAGCAAGGUGAAGCUGGGGACUCUGGUUGAGAAUGGUGUGGUGAGAGUCGGUGAUGUGUGGAGAUACUCAAGAGCCUUUGGUAGAGGCGGAGAGAAAAUUCUAUUGGAAAAGGAGGUCCGGAUUAUUGACCGCGAUGGCUCUUCUCUUACUUUCGCUAUUCCCCCGGGUCAACGUGUAUUUCUAUUUAAUAACGCCGAUCCCGUUAAUAGGGAUGACACCGUUUGCUCUGACAUGAAAGCGGAAGCCUCGAAUGCUUCAAUCUCUGGUGAUGUUAAGGACAGCACUUCAGCCUCUAACCAAGUUUCCGAGGAGCAGGAAGUUGAAGUUGACCCAACCAUCCACUCAACUUCAAGCCCUGAACCCUCAAGGAACACGUUCAAUCCACCAGUUGAUGGCGCAAUUGCCAAUAGAUCAGCGGCCUCAGUGAUGGAUGGUCAGGCUGACGUAUCUGACAAUCAAGCCGCCACUGAAUCUACGCAGCAUAUAGGCCCUGCCAUCGUAUCCGUUGCUGCACCGGAACCUAUGAACGUCGAUAACCACAAGUGUAACUCCCGCAGCGGAAUCACUGAGAUCUCCGCUGAUUCUGAGUCUGAACUAUCUUCAGCACACAUGAAAGACCAAACUGGCCUUCUGGGAACUGUUAUAGGCGACAGUGGCGCUGUUGCACCUGGGCAAAUGAAUGAAGACGUACCGAUGGACACAACAUUGGAGGCAACUGCAAGUGCCUGCUGUUCCAAUUAUUCACAGUCGAAGGAACCGGUAUCGGUCAAUGGUCCCGAUACUUUUGAGCCUGAUACAAAAGCUGCAACUGCCAGUGCAGAUGUUGUCACCACCAACCAACAGGCUUGCCUGGAGACUCAGGCUGCUGGAAUUACUCGUGGAAACGCAGCUGCCAAUGGCACUACAAUGGAAACAGAAACCACUGCAGGACCUGCUGCUGAGCAAACAGCAAACCAGAGAGAUGACGAUACUAUGGUUCAACCCACAUCUGAAAAUGUACCAGAGCCCUCAGCGGAACAACCAAGGAAAGAAACUAUUCCCAAAGACAUAAUAUUCAGCGGUGUCACCGGUCCGGGCGGCCUAGCCAACAAAAUCCUCGAAAUUGAUGGCCGAAUCACUGAGCCGCCCAAUGGAAAUGCGUGGAAGGAGUUUCGUUGCUAUAGAGAUAACCAGGAUAUGGGCAGCUUGUGGGAAUGCAGACAGACUUGGUUUGUCAGACAGAAAUGA